AUGCAUCAACCCCCGAUUUGUCCUGAAUCAGCGGCUACACCGCGUCGCAGAGGACGGAAGAAAAGUGGGAAGGAUGCUCCUGUGAUAGUUGCCGAGGACUCGAAGGGCUCGACCGAAGUUUCACUACCGACGAGUAACACCACAGCACAGGCACAUAAGGAAGGAGGACCGCCUGUGGAGUCCCUGCCGUCUGCCGCAUCGGGGACCUCGGAGGGAUGGACGAAAAUCGGGAGUGCUGCCAAACGCAAUGUCCCUCAGCGUAACCAGUGCUUUCUAGCACUAAACCUACCUGAGGCCCCAGCGGGGUCUGGACAGGAGAGACUCAAUCACGAUCUCCUCCUGUUGAGAUCCAUUCUCGAGAAAGUAUUCAAGGAUGAAGAAAACGUAGCCAAUAAUAUCAAGGUGAAGGCAGCAUUUCGCCUG